AUGUUAGACGCCUUCGAGAUCAUCGAUACGUCCGGGGUCGUCCUGUGGUCCCGGAACUACACAGCUGUUAGCCCCUCGGUAGUCAACAACUUCAUCUCGGACGUUUUCAUCGAAGAAAAGAGCACCGUUGCUGGCGCAAAGGACGGCGCAUCCGCCGCCAGUAACCCUCCGUACAAGCAUGAGCAGCAUAGUUUACGAUGGACGUUCAACAAAGAACUGGGAAUCAUUUUUGUUGCAGUCUACCGCUCGCUUUUGCACCUGCCAUGGAUCGACAAGCUCGUCGACAAUAUCAAGGCUAUCUUUGUGAGCCUGUACGGGGAUCAACUUCGGAAGCCGAACACAACCAUCGUCGAGUGUGUCAAGUUCGACGAAUACUUUGAUCAGCAGCUGGGCGAGCUCGAACAAAGUGGCAGCAGGUCAAACGUUUUGGCAUACAGUGAUGAGAAGAAUCCUGCGGACAUAGGGGAUGACCCUCCCCUGCCACCAAGUCUCGUACUCCCGACCAAGUCCCAAGCCAAAUCGUCAGCCGAAUCGACGCCCGUGGUAACGCCCGAUCCUUCACGUCCCUCGACACCGAGCGCAGGUCACCUCCUGGUAGCGAAGCCAGGGCCCGGGGGCAAAUUGUCGAGGCGUGCGCGGAAGAUGCAGAAUAACAACUCGGCGCCGGUUUCAUCAGGGGAUGAGGGGCCGGGGCGCAGAGGGAAGCCGACCAAAGCAGCGAAGCGUGGCAGGAAGUGGGACGCUGACGGACUUGCGGACGAGACCGACGAUGUCCAGCUCGACUAUUCGGUCCCUACCCUCACGAGCGAUAGCGAAGCUGAUGCAGGGGGGAGACCGGGAGCCGUGGAAGAAGUGGAUUCCGCCACGUGGGGCGCCAGGACAAAGGGGAAGUUUGUGCUUAGGGACCUGGGUGAUGAGGUGAACUCGAUCCUGGCCGAUGCGGAAGCCAAGAAGAGAGCUGCUGCAACUACGACCGAAGGCUCGAGCGGUCUUGUUGGGUCGAGUUUGAGCGCUAUUGGAGGGCUGUUUAGGAACGUUGUUGGUGGCAAAACCCUUACGAAGCAGGAUCUGGAGAAGGCGAUGAAAGGGAUGGAAGAGCAUCUUCUGAAGAAAAAUGUUGCUCGGGAGGCCGCGGUCCGUUUGUGUGAAGGUGUCGAGAAAGAGCUUUUGGGUGUUAAGACGGGUAACUUCGAGAGUAUCAACUCGAGGAUACAAGUGGCCAUGGAGGCUUCUCUCACCAAAAUGCUCACCCCGACCUCCUCCCUGGAUCUUCUCCGCGAAAUCGACUCGAUUACCGCGCCACCCGCUACAUCUCUCCGCAAAGCCCGUCCCUACGUCAUGUCCAUUGUUGGCGUCAACGGUGUUGGGAAGUCCACCAACCUUUCCAAGAUUUGCUUUUUCCUGUUGCAGAACAAGUACAAGGUCCUCAUCGCCGCCGGUGACACUUUUCGGUCUGGCGCCGUCGAACAGCUCGCUGUGCACGUGCGGAAUUUGAAGGAGUUGACGACCCGUGAGGGUGGCCAGGUCGAGCUGUACCAGAAGGGGUACGGUAAAGACGCUGCUGCUGUGGCCAAGGAUGCGGUUUCUUUUGCUUCCCAAGAAGGAUUUGACGUCGUGUUGAUCGAUACCGCUGGGCGGAGGCACAACGACCAGCGACUCAUGUCGUCCCUGGAGAAGUUUGCCAAGUUUGCUCAGCCGGACAAGAUUCUGAUGGUUGGCGAGGCUCUCGUCGGCACAGAUUCCGUCGCUCAAGCUAGGAACUUCAAUGCUGCCUUUGGCUCCGGCCGGUCGUUGGAUGGGUUCAUCAUUUCGAAGUGUGACACCGUUGGCGAUAUGGUUGGUACCCUGGUCAGUAUCGUUCAUGCCACGAAUGUCCCGGUCCUGUUUGUCGGCGUUGGGCAGCAUUACUCGGAUCUUAGGAACUUCUCGGUGAAAUGGGCGGUCGAGAAGCUGCUAAGGCAUCAGUCACUCCAGCCGCCCGAUAACCUCGCUGGCGGUGCUCAAAACCAUGCCAACAAUCCCCCGCCUUCGACCCUCGCUGCCCAACUCGUGGAAGAUAUCUCGACAUCGACAGCCUCGACGACCACCAAAUCCACCCGACCCAGUGAUGAGACUGCCGAGCUCAAGCGCUUAUUCGCCGCCAUCGAGCGUGUGAAGGACGACCCCGCUUCUCUGCGCACCCACAACGAGCGCGUCGAGCACAACCACUUGCUAGUAUAUGUCUGUGGCAGCGUAUUUCUCGAGGGUCUGAAAUUGGACGAUGCCUUUGCUGAUCGGGAGCGGUUGCGGGCAGACGCGCUGAAGGCCGUCAAUUUCCUCGAGGCGACGAUUCGCGAGACGCCUAGCGUACUAGGGUGUGUAACGGAUGGGAAGCUGUUUCUAAGGAGGGGCGCUGAGCCGUUGUGGACGUGGAUCAUGCCGAAGCUGUUGAGGAUGCUGGGGCACGGAAGAUGUUUAGAGAUUUCGGGAGAGAUCGAAAAACUGUGCCGGUAUGUCCUGAUUCUGGCGGCCGGAAACGCACCGUUGUGGAACUACGGACAGGCAGUGAUGGGAUAUUUUUGGGCGAAUUUAAACGCGAUCAUCACGCAUGCUAGAUCAAAACUCUCAUCCCCACAUACUACACUUGCCGAUAUCAAACUGCCGCCACAAGCGUUCUUUGACACGUUGCCUGUAAAUGCGUUCCCCGGGUGCACUUUCACCCUCCGGGAUUCCGAGCACGCCCUUCGGCAUGCGCUGAGCUUACUGAGGGUCAUUGCAAGUGUGCUUAUGGAGAAGCCUGGGUCACGGCCUUUUUUGGUAUACGGCCAACACACGGUCUCGCUUCUGGAUACUUUGCAGCCCCUCUGCUCCAUUCUGGUCGCGUGGCCCACGCCCGUUGGCGUGGGAUUAGCACCUCUUCUCCAGACGGCCAUCGAUUUAGCCAAGUCCCAGGACGUAUCUCGGGUCCCAGAAUCGGUGCUCUGCCACAAGGCUAAUGCCGCAUUAGUCCUUGUGUGCGCUGAGCUUUUACUCGAUCCCCACUUACUUCUCGCGGACGGCGAGGACGGGGCGUCAUUGAGGGAUACAUACUGCGUCGUGUUGGUCCACCUUGCUGGGGCCUCCAUUAAGCAUGCGCCAACAUCACGUCUUGUGGUUUCCGGGUUGCUCCCGCUCGCUCAGAGAGUCGUGUCCGAGAAUCCACUCCUCGGGGUCGAAACUGAUGUUUGGCUACCCGAUCCCACCACAUUUUCUAGCAAUGAUCUCCGUCACCAAAUUAGAGAUUUGACCGUCUGCGCUGCUUCCAACAGCUCAGGAACCCCCCCUGCAAAGCGACAAAAGCUUGAGGGGGACUCAGGGGUACUUGAUGAGCUGAGAACACAGCUUUGCCUAGCUGUGGACGCUCCGCAGUCUAGUUCAAUGGAUGAACUCGACGACCCCAUUAUUGGAUGCUUUCCUACGAUGGACGAGGAGGACCAAUGCCGCCUCAUUGACUUGAUUUCUAGAACCUUGUGCGUUGCGGACCAUACGCUCACCUUGAAGGGGCAGGUGUCUUCCAUGCCCGUCUUUGAAUGCUCGUUUUGCUCCGAGAUGAAACCGGCCAACUUGCCAGUCGCCGAGCGGCUCCACAAGAUCCAGGCGUUCGGGAUAUCGGUCUUUACGAAGCUGAUCAAACUUCCCAGCCUUUUGGCGUCUAGGCGGCCCCGGGUAGUCGCCAUGAUUGCGCUUCGGCGCCUCGCAAAACACUCAGCAGAUACCGAAUUCUGGGAUCUGAACAAGUCAAGCCCGGGUCAAUGGUGUCUUCAGUCUUUGCAAAGUUCUAUCCGGGAACUUCGCAUCGCUGCGGGGAGGGCCCUUCCCGUCUUCCUGACAGAACCGACCUAUCAAUUUGAUUGGGGGGUUCUGGAGUCGAAUAGAACCACUUCGCUCGGCCUCCUCAGAACCAUCUCUGAUAAAGGUGCCGCCAACUUACACGAGACUUGCAUCAUGGCCUGGGCCCAAGUUGGUAGGGGGGUGUCCGCGGACGAGCUAAACCUAGUGGUUCUGAAACUGGUCGAGUAUCUGGGGUAUCGCAACAUGAUCGUGCCCGCAUUAGCUUUCAACGAAAUCUUGAGCCUUGCCGAGUUCAAGGGCGAGACCCCCGCACAACUGUUCCAUCCGUUCUGGGCGAACCUGGCAUUUCACGUCGUCAAAGACGUGGUGUCCAAGCCGCAGACUGCGCAGUUCGUUGCGGAUCUGAUGCAAAUCAGUGUCCCAGACCUCCUACUACUCCUCCAGAAACAUGCACUUCCCUGGCUGAUCCUUUCCAAAAGGCGAGACGUAAUACAAAAAAUCACGGAGGCGAGAGGUGACACUGAGACGUGGGAAACUUGCAUCGACGCUGCGAACCUCCCCUCUAUUCUUGUGCUUCUCCUCGUCCAAGACGUCCCUGACGUAGCCGCUCAUACUAUGUCGUUGUUGGAGCACGUUUCUCCUCACGUGGCGAGAUUUCAGCUGGUAGAACUGUUGCGAACGGAUCCGCUUCCUAUCGCUUUAGAACUUUUGAAAGCCGCUGCUGGUGCGGACGAGACGCGCAGGGCGAGGGUUCGGGAAGCACUCACGAUGAUUUCGACGCUUCUUUUGCCUGGUCAUAAGGGAGACCAGAGCAAGAAAUCACAGAUUGUUGGGAGUUACCUCCAACAACACGUCCUUGGCUUAACAGCACGGUUGAGCGAAGUCAUCACCGAUUCUUGGCUUUCACUAGCUCCAGUUUCCGAGCAGAUUCGGUGCAUAGGGGCUAUGGAAGAGAUGAUCAGGAUUUGCAAAUCCUAUGCGUGCAUUGCUCGGCCGCAGAUUUCAGCCUGCCUUAUUUCUGCACUUGCAUCCGACUCUCUGCGCGCCGCGGCCUUCUCCUGUUGGGAGGUCAUGCUCACGCACAUGGACGAAGCGGACGUGGAGGCGCUGGCCGAGACAACGUUUUUUGUUAUCGGCUGCUACUGGAAAAGCUUUGAUGACACCACGAAGAAAAAAGCCAGUGGUUUGAUUGACCAGCUCCUGGCCAAGCAUACGCGCAUCUUAAGCAAAUACAUCCAUCGACUACCCUCCCUUCGCCAUGUUGAGGAGCUCCAGGGGACCUGUGGAUUGCUGGACCAGCUUCGAGAGCCCUUGGAUACCAGGGGCUCCUUUGUCCUUUUUGCCGAGCGGCUUUGCCACGAGAAUCCCGGCGUUGUUGAGCAAGCCCUGAUCGAGUUGGCCGCAUUCCUUGACCAAAAUCAGAACUACCUGCAAACUUCCGCCAUAAGCGAGCAGCCUGACUCGACCAUCGUGACACUCUCCCGCUCACUCCUGGAUUGCGCCGCCAAGUACAACGGCUACCACCAAGAGAUCAGUCGGCUCUGUGCCCAAGCGAUUGGCCUCGUGGGCUGUUUGGAUUCGAACCGGCUUGAGACGGAGCGCGAGCAAGAGCAGUUCGUUGUCAUUCGAAAUUUCGAAGAUGCCCGGGAGACCACUGAUUUCGUCUUGUUUGUCCUUGAGAACGUGCUCGUCAAGGCGUUCCUGUCCACGACCGAUACCAAGUUUCAGGGCUUUCUCUCUUACGCCAUGCAGGAACUCCUCGCGAGGAGCGAUCUCAGAUCUGCCUGUCUUUGUCAAGGCCAGGGUACUGGCGAAGUUAUCUACCGGAAAUGGCUGGCGUUUUCGGAAAGCACGCGCGAGGUACUCACGCCGUUCUUGUCUUCCCGUUUUUGCGUCGCGCCCAUGGCGGAGCAAACCACUGAAUACCCCAUUUUCAAACCUGGGAGAUCGUAUGCGGCUUGGCUUAGGGCUUUGGUGUUGGACUUGCUUCGCCAUGGGCAGAACCCCUUCAGCCAGGCGGUCUUUGAGCCGUUUAACCGGUUGAUCAAGGUCAAGGACCUUGUUGUGACUGAGUUCUUACUGCCCUACUUGGUCUUGCAUGUCAUUGUGGCCCAUAGUAAGGCCGAUUUCAAGGACAAGGUCGCAGCUGAGCUAGCGGCGAUUCUGAAAUAUCAGCCGCCAGAGAACGCUUCGUAUAUGGAAAGGGAGGAGACAAAGUUGUUCUACCAGGCGGUUUUCCGGAUCCUCGAUUAUUGCAUGCGGUGGUUACAGGUCAAAAAAUCCCAAACGCCAGUCACGCCGAAGGACGAGACUUGGGUCAAGGAGGUCCAAAAGGUUAUCAGCAAAUUAGAUCCCGAGCUAAUCUCGCAGAGGGCCAUCGACUGUAACGAAUACGCUCGGGCACUCUUCUUCUUGGAGCCACAUCUUGGGAAUCGACAGAAGAAGGCGCCUAAACAGCAAGGGAGCGAUCCAAUUCUGCAGUCUUUGCAAAAGAUUUACACCCAAAUCGACGAUCCAGACGGUCUCGACGGCGUAUCUACGCUCCUCCAGGAUAUCACACUCGACCAACAAGCGCUCAACGACCGCAAAGCUGGGCGAUGGACGGCGGCCCAGACUUGGUAUGAGAUCAAACUCGCCAAAACCCCUGAAGAUGUCGACAUUCAAAUCGACCUGCUCACGUGUCUCAAGGAAUCCGGACAGCAUGAUGUCUUGCUUAACUGCGUGGAGGGCAUGGCAGUGAACAGCAACAAGGUUGCGCCCUUCGCCGUCGAGGCUUCAUGGGCCACAGGUCGAUGGCAAACGCUCGAGAAAUACCUUCGACUUCACAGCGCAGGGGACGUUUCAGAGGUUUUCAACUUGGGCGUUGGUCAAGCACUACUCUGUCUCAGGGAUGGGAAAGUGGAUAAAUUCAGAGAGCAUGUACAGAUGCUACGAGACAAGGUCGCUGGUUCCAUGACCUACACCGCAACAUCGUCACUGAGGGCGUCGCAUGAUGCCAUGCUCAAGUGCCACGUCCUGACCGACCUAGAGAUCAUUGUGAGCCACGGUGAUCAUGGCAAUAAGGACCCUCACGGGACUCUCGUAGCCUUGGACCGGCGGCUGGAAGUCCUUGGAGCGUACGUGAGCGACAAGCAGUAUCUGCUAGGCGUCAGGAGAGCAGCAAUGGAGCUGAUGAGGCCCAAAUUUCAAAACGGGGAUAUUUCUUUGCAAUGGCUCUCGAGUGCACGGCUCGCAAGAAAGUCGGGUUCCAUGCACCAGUCCUUCAAUGCGGUCCUACAUGCCCAACAGCUUGGGGAUGGUUCCGCUAUCAUCGAGAACGCCCGGCUGCUGUACAAGGACGGCCAUCACCGGCAGGCAAUUCAAACUCUGCAGCUCGCUAUUUCCACCAACUCAUUCAUCAACGAUAGCUCUAUCAGUAUUGGCGUGCAGCCAACUUCGAGCAAGGGUCCAGAUGCACAGCGAAACCUGUUAACCGCUCAAGCCCACCUCCUGUUGGCAAAGUGGCUAGAUUCCACCGGCCAGACACACGCCGGUGCACUGCGGUCUCAAUACCAGCAAGCGGCUAAGACUUACGGGCAAUGGGAGAAGGGCCAUUAUUACCUUGGCCGUCAUUACAAAAAGAUUCUGGAGUCGGAGAAAGCGCUUAAACCAGACGAUCAGACAGAUGAGUACCUGUCAGGCGAGACGGCCAAACUCGUCAUCGAGAAUUACCUCCGAUCCCUCAACUUUGGGACCAAGUACCUGUCCCAAACGCUCCCACGGAUUUUGACGCUCUUCUGUGAUCUGGGUGCCCAAGUCGACAAAGCGCCCGAUGGCAAGAUCUCGCUGUCAGUGGAGCUACACACGCGCAGGGUCGAUAUCCUGCACGGGCUGUACAAGCAUUUCUACAAGAACCUGGCUCGGAUGCCUGCUUACAUUUUCUACACCUCCUUGUCUCAGAUCGUGGCAAGGAUUGCACACUCGAACCUCGAGGUUUUCAAGGUGCUUGAGCAAAUGAUUCUCAAAGUGGUUGAAUCCCAUCCCCAACAGGCACUAUGGUACAUCUUUCCGCUCAUGACAACCAGACAGCCCGGCGAGCGGCGGAGCAGAGGAAUGCAGAUUCUGCAGGCAGCCCGAUCUAUCAGUAAGAAGGCUGAGGGCUCAUCCGAUGACCUGAGGCAGCUAUUGAGAAAAGGCGAGAAGCUGGCUGAGCAGCUGCUAUUGGCGUGCAACAACGGCGACUUUCAGAGUAAUAGGACGACGGUGGCCAGCAUCACGCGGGAUCUCAACUUCAACCACAAGUGCACCCCUUGCCCCUUGGUGAUUCCGAAUGAGGCUUCGUUGACCGCCACACUCCCGACGCUGACGGACAAUGUUCGGAAACACAAGGCGUUCUCCCGGGAUGUCAUCACCAUCCAUGCCUUUCUCGAUCACGUCCUAGUUCUCGGAUCUUUGGCCAAGCCACGCAAGCUCACCGCUCGUGGGACGGACGGUAAACAAUACGGCAUGCUAAUCAAGCCCAAGGACGAUCUUCGCAAUGACCAACGUCUCAUGGAGUUCAACGGUCUCAUCAACAGGUCCCUGAAGCGAGACGCCGAAGCCAGCAGGCGCCAGUUGUCUAUCCGCACCUACGCGGUCACGCCGCUCAACGAAGAAUGCGGCAUCAUUGAGUGGGUUGAUGGGCUCAAAACACUACGUGAUAUUCUGGCUGGCCUCUACAGGACACGCGGCGUAGUCCCCAACUACACCGAACUUGCGAUGCAGAUGAAACAAGCCACCACAGGAGAUAAAAAUAUCCACAUCUUCACCGAAAAUGUCCUGGGCAAGUUCCCGCCGGUUUUGCCGGAGUGGUUCAUCUCGCAGUUCCCCAACCCGUCAGCAUGGUUUGCCGCUCGGCUGAAGUACACGCGCUCGUGCGCGGUCAUGUCCAUGGUCGGCACGAUCCUCGGGCUCGGCGACCGGCACGGUGAGAACGUGCUGCUGGAAGAAAGCAACGGCGGCGUGUUCCACGUCGAUUUCAACUGUCUGUUCGACAAAGGCACAACAUUCGCCCAGCCGGAGCGCGUCCCGUUCCGCCUGACGCACAACAUGCAGGCGGCCAUGGGCAUUUAUCGCUACGAGGGCCCGUUCCGGCACUGCAGCGAGCUGACGCUGCGGAUCCUGCGCCAGCAGGAGGAGACGCUCAUGACUAUCCUCGAGGCCUUCAUCUAUGAUCCCACACUGGACCUGCAGCGCGUUAAGAAGCGGAGCCGUGAGGUUGUUAAUCUUAACCCGAUCAGCGUCGUCGAGAGCAUCCGUCGCAAGGUUAGAGGCCUGUUGCCGGAGGAAAGUAUCCCAUUGGGAGUGGAGGGUCAGGUGGAGGAGUUGAUUAAGCAAGCUGUUGAUCCGAGGAAUCUGGCAGCGAUGUACAUCGGGUGGUGUCCCUUCUUGUGA